UCAUGACAAACAUCAAUGGUAAUUUCGAACUGCCUAAGAACAAUGGAGAACUACUUGAGGCUCAAGCUCAAGUAUGGACACACGUAUUCUCCUUCAUCCACUCCAUGUCUCUAAAUUGUGCUGUCAAAUUGGGCAUCCCCGACAUCAUCCGUCGCCACGGACGUCCGAUGUCGCUGUCCGAAUUAGUCGAGGCGCUUCCUAUCCACAAAACAAAGGCGCAUUGCAUUCGUCGCUUGAUGCGCUUGCUCGUUCAAUCGAAGCUUUUUAUAAAGCUCGAUGAGAUUCAGGAGAAGGGAAAGGAUAAGGAGGUGCACUAUUGGCUAACCCCGGCGGCGAGUCUCCUUCUAAAGGAUAAUUCGAUGACGGUCGCGCCAUUUGUGCAACUUUUCUCGGACCCCGUCAUGUUGAAGCCGUGGCACCACAUGAAGGAAUGGCUUGAGAGCGGGCAUGAGGGGUCGCCGUUUGAGAUGGCGCACGGGAGAAGCAUUUGGGAGCAUUUUGCCGCGGGGGAGUUGAGAUUGGCUAACUUUUUUAAUGAAAGUAUGUCGUGCGACACGAAGCUUGUGAUGUCCGUGUUGCUUCAAGAUUACAAGCAAGUGUUCGAGGGGGUCGGGUUGCUUGUGGAUGUGGGAGGGGGUAUCGGGACGACAACAAAGGCGAUCCUAGACGUAUUCCCCGGCACGGAAUGCAUUGUUCUUGAUCUCCCACAUGUUGUGGCUGGCUUGGAAGGAACACAUAACUUGAAAUUUGUCGGAGGAGAUAUGUUCGAUAACAUUCCUCGAUGCAAUGCUGUUCUUCUCAAGUGGAUAUUGCACGACUGGAACGAUGAAAGUAGCACGAGGAUAUUGAAGAAAUGCAAAGAAGCAAUCUUGGAAGGUGGAAAAGUGAUCAUCAUCGAUAUUGUUCUGACCGAUGAUUGCCCGCGAGACAAUGACAACGUUGUGGAAGAAGCUCAACUGAUUUCAGACAUGCUGAUGAUGAAUUGUGUUAAUGGAAAAGAAAGAAGUGAGAGUGAAUGGGCAAAGCUUUUCACAGAUGCUGGCUUCACUAACUAUAAGUUUAGUCGUGUGUUAGGUGCCAGAUCUGUAAUUGAGGUCUAUCCAUGAAAUUAAAGUUGAGAUGAUGAUUAUCUGUAUAUCUAUGAUUUGCAUCGAUCGUCUUAGCAUAGUAUAACUAAUUAAUAAGAUUUGCUAGACAAGCUAUCCUCCUCCUAGGAUAUUUGUGUGGAAAACCCCUUAUUGUAUUAAUUUGCCGAUCGAUAUCAUUGAUAUUUCUGCCGUAGUUUGAAGUUGUUUAAAUGGUGUUUGUUUUAAGAGCCAACAAUUAAUCGAG